AUGAUUCACCCCGUGAGAAGAGCCCUGGCCGUGGCUGCCAGCAGAGCCCCCCGUCUCCUUUCAACCGCCUCGAGAACCACCUCCGUCCGCAGUGUUCGCGCCGCCGCCGGCGGUUCCUACUACAGCACCACCUCUCGCCGUCUCCAAGAUGCCUUCCCUUCGCAGCUCGAGAACCUGGCCUCUUCGACCCUCCCCAAGGUCGUCCCCUCGGUUCCCCAGACCUUGACCGAGAAGAUCGUCCAGCGCUACUCGGUCGGCCUCGCCCCCGGCAAGAAGGUCAAAUCCGGCGACUAUGUCACGCUCCAGCCUCACCACUGCAUGACCCACGAUAACUCGUGGCCCGUCGCCAUGAAGUUCAUGUCUAUCGGCGCCUCCAAGAUCCACGAUAACCGCCAGGUCGUCAUGACCCUCGACCACGACGUUCAGAACAAGAGCGAGGCCAACCUCAAGAAGUACCGCCAGAUCGAGGAGUUUGCCAAGACCCACGGCGUCGACUUCUACCCUGCCGGUCGGGGUAUUGGCCAUCAGAUCAUGGUUGAGGAGGGCUACGCGUGGCCAGGAACCGUCACUGUUGCCUCCGACUCGCACAGCAACAUGUACGGCGGUGUCGGCUGCUUGGGCACUCCCAUGGUGCGUACCGAUGCGGCCUCCAUCUGGGCUACGGGCAAGACAUGGUGGCAGAUCCCUCCCAUCGCCAAGGUGACCUUCACCGGCCUUCUUCCCCCAGGUGUCACCGGCAAGGACGUGAUCGUCGCUUUGUGCGGCCUCUUCAACAACGACGACGUUCUCAACCACGCCAUCGAGUUCACCGGCUCCGAAGAAACCAUGCGCUCCAUCCCCGUCGACGACCGUCUGACCAUCGCCAACAUGACCACCGAAUGGGGCGCCCUCUCCGGUCUCUUCCCCAUCGAUAACGUCCUGACCUCCUGGAUGCGCGCCAAGGCCACCGUCAACGCCAUGGAACACCCCGAGCUAGGCGACAAGGCCAAAUCGCCACACCCCUUAAGGAUCUCGAAGGCCCAAAACCUCAAGCUCGACAAGGCCUACCUCGUCUCUUGCACCAACUCGCGCGCCUCCGACAUUGCCGCCGCCGCCCGCGUGUUCAAGGAGGCCGCCUUCAACAACAAGGGCGUCAUCCCCAAGGUCGCCGAGGGCGUCAAGUUCUACAUCGCCGCCGCCUCUCUCCUCGAGCAAAAGCAGGCCGAAGACUCUGGCGACUGGCAAGUCCUUCUCGAUGCUGGCGCCGAGCCCCUGCCCUCCGGCUGCGGUCCUUGCAUCGGUCUUGGCACAGGUCUUCUCGAGCCCGGUGAGAUCGGCAUCUCUGCUUCCAACCGUAACUUCAAGGGUCGCAUGGGUUCUACCGACGCCAAGGCUUACCUCGCCUCUCCCGAGAUCGUCGCCGCCUCCGCUUUGAAGGGCAAGAUUGCCGGUCCCGGAUGGUACCAGAAGCCCGAGGGUGUCGAGAAAGUGAUCAUCGGCGAGGGCAACGGCAUUGUUGAGCAAGACAAGGCCAUGUCCAUCGAGGAUGCUCUCGACAAGAUCAUUGCGGAAGCUGAGUCCUUGAUCGCCGCCGCUGAGGCAGAGACCACCACGACGGAAUCCACCUCUACCCCAGAAGGCGAAGAGUCCCUAACCGAAAUCCUCCCCGGCUUCCCCGAAAAGAUUUCCGGCGAAAUCAUCUUCUGCGACGCCGACAACAUCAACACCGACGGCAUCUACCCCGGCAAGUACACCUACCAAGAUAACAUCACCCCGUCCAAGAUGGCCGAGGUCUGCAUGGAGAACUACGACCCCUCUUUCGGGUCCAUCGCCAAGGCGGGCGAUAUCCUGGUAACAGGCUUUAACUUUGGCUGCGGCUCUUCCCGCGAGCAGGCCGCUACUGCUAUUCUCGCUAAGCAGAUCCCGCUUGUGGUAUCGGGUUCUUUUGGAAAUAUCUUUUCGAGAAACUCGAUCAACAACGCGCUGAUGGGCGUCGAGGUGCCCAAGCUUGUGCAGAGACUUAGGGAGGAGUUUGGCGAGAAGACGUUGACGAGACGCACGGGGUGGAAACUCACCUGGGAUGUGAGGAGGAGCAAGGUCGUUGUUGAGGAGGCCAAUGGCAAGAAGUGGGAGCAGAAGGUUGGUGAGCUGCCGCCGAAUGUGCAGGAGAUCAUUGCUAGGGGUGGGUUGGAGAAGUGGGUUAAGAGUCAGAUUGAGGCUUAG